UCAAAACGCACAGUUUAAUAAAUCUUUACAAAACUCUCUGGACACUAAAACCCUAAAACCCAUUCACCACCAAAAAGAACAGAGCAACCUCCAUUCAUGGCCAACACAAACGACGCCGGCGUAGAAGCCCUACGCCGUCUGCAACAAAUCGAUCCACCUUCAUUGCUCGCACCAAACCCAUCGGUUUCUGAAACCGCUCGUUCUGCAUCACAGUAUCUAUUCACUACCCUCAGACCCUUCUCCCCAAAAUCACCAUUGGAUGAGCUUCUCGUUGAUGGUUACGAUGCUGAGCAGAUUUGGCAUCAAAUUGAUCUUCAAUCCCAGCCACUUUUGUCCACUCUUCGCCGCCGGUUGAAUCAGUUUGUUAAAAAUCCGGAAGAGAUUGCACAGUUCAAGGUUCCUUUGGAUGUUGGGAAGAAGUUGGAGAAAAAGAAGCGAGUGGAGUUAGAAGAAGAAGAAAGCGAUGAUUUUGAUGAGGAAUUGGAUGAUGAUGAUGAUGAUUUUGAAGGUGUUGAAAAGAAGAAGGCAAAAGGAGGAAGUGAAGGUGAAGACGAUUUCGAAGAAGAAGAUGACGAAGAUGAAGAAGGAAGUGAGGAUGAAGACGAUGAGGAGGAUGAAAAAGAGAAAGUUAAAGGUGGUGGAAUUGAGGAUAAAUUUUUGAAAAUAGAUGAAUUGACUGAAUAUUUAGAGAAGGAGGAAGAUAAUUACGAGAAAGGCGAGGAGAGGGAUGAAGCUGAUGAAGACAGUGAAGAAGAUGAUGAACUCGAGAAGGCUGGUGAGUUUGAGAUGGAUGAUGAGGAUGAUGACGACGAUGAUGAAGAAGAUGAAGAGGCAGAGGAUAUGGGAAAUGUUAGGUAUGAAGACUUCUUUGGAGGUAAAAAUGAAAAGGGCUCAAAAAGAAAAGAUCAAUUGCUUGAAGUUUCUGGUGAUGAAGAUGACAUGGAAUCCACCAAACAGAAGAAAAGGACUGCUUCUACCUAUGAAAAGCAGCGGGAAAAAAUUCAAUCAAAGAUAGUGCUGAUGGAGAAAGCUAAUAUAGAGCCAAAAACUUGGACUAUGCAGGGUGAGGUAACUGCUUCAAAGAGACCCAUAAAUAGUGCAUUUGAAGUUGAUCUUGAUUUUGAGCAUAAUGUGAGACCUACACCUGUAAUCACCGAGGAGGUUACAGCUUCAAUUGAGGAGAUGAUCCAGAAAAAGAUUGUUGAGGGGCUUUUUAACGAUGUUCAAAGGGCUCCUAAGUUGCCAUCGAAAGCGCCUCGGGAAGUUAAACAAUUGGAUGAUAAUAAAAGCGGGCAGGGUCUUGCAGAUCUCUACGAGCAAGAGUAUGUUCAGAAGACUGACCCCACUUCUGCUCCAUUGUCAUUCAAAGAUGAACUAAAAAAUGAGGCAAGCACGCUGUUUAAGAAAAUCUGUCUGAAGCUGGAUGCCCUUUCUCAUUUCAACUUUGCUCCAAAACCUGUUAUAGAGGACAUGUCCUUUCAAACAAAUGUACCUGCUCUGGCAAUGGAAGAAAUUGCUCCUGUGGCUGUUUCAGAUGCUGCUAUGCUGGCUCCUGAGGAGGUCUUUGAUGGGAAGGGUGAUGUUAAGGAAGAAGCAGAACUUACACAGGCAGAAAGGAAAAGGAGGAGAGCUAAUAAGAAAAGAAAAUUUAAAGCUGAGGCAGUAAACAAGUUGGAAAAGAAGGCAAGGUUGGAAAAGAAGGCAGACAAUGCAAUUUCUUGCCAAGUUGAUGGCUAAGCCCCAUGUCAUAUUCACAGGAGUGCUUACACAAGCUGCAUAGCUAACAAAUUUAGCGGGUAUUCUGUGGCCGAAAAAAGUAAAAUAGAAGGGGAGGUUUUUUUUUUUGGAGUCAACCAUGUUAUAUUAGCGAUGCUGUUCAUGAGAGCUGUUUGAAUGCUCUGUAUGGUUGGCUGUUUCCGUUCCUAUAAUUUAUAGUUAGUAUCAAAAUAAUGGUUGGUAGGAAAUUCGCUAUUUAUUUAUAUUUACUGCCGCCCAAGGUUACAAACUUCAUAUCAGCUGUGGUAUUUACUCCGCAAUUUUGUAUUCUUUAAUUAUUCACAGCUUGUAUGUUGUGUAUUAUUCAUCAAAGAUGGUUGAACUUCUAUAUCUCCAAACCAUUUUUUUUUUUGGUCAAGAUCUCCAAACCAAUUUUAAAUACGAGAAUUGAGGAAA